AUGUCCCGCCGCAAGCAGGUGAACCCGCAGCACUUAUCGUUGACGCACAGGGAGACAGUUCAAGCAGAUGCCAAUCAUGACUCAGGAGCGGGAUCUCCAUCUCCAGAGCCGUCCACUCCCAGCCCUCGGCGGCUGGGCCCCGGGGAGCACGACCUGCUGACCUGCGGCCAGUGCCAGACCAACUUCCCUCUGGGCGACAUCCUUGUCUUCAUCGAGCACAAGCGCCGCCUGUGCCGGGGCCCCAGGAGCGGACCAGGGUCUUUCUCCAAACCAGGGGAGAGUGGCGGGGUCACAGGCAUUACCAUUUCUCCCAGGGCCAGGUCCCUGGAGCUGUGCAGAGGGUCCAUUCCAGUGGAGGUGGGCAUCCAGGUGGGCCCCAGUGGAGAGGUGGAUGUGGACAGGAGGCUGACGCCGGCCAAGGGACUCUGCCCCAAACAGGAGAGAGGAGGGAAAGAUGAGCCAUCCAGCUACAUCUGCACCACCUGCAAGCGGACCUUCACCAGCGCCUGGUUCCUGCUCCAGCACGCCCAGCACACCCAUGGCAUCCGCAUCUACCUGGACCACCACCCGGUCAACUGCUCCCUCACCCCCCGCAUGGCUCUGCCUCCGCCCCCCGGCCUCGAGGUCCUGCCGCGCUCACCUCUCCCGUCUUUCCUCGGCGACACCAACAACCCGUUCCACCUCCUCCGCAUGGCCGCGCCCCUGCUCAGGGAACACCUCCCUCCCCCGGGGUACAUGGAGACCCGACUGCCUGCGACGCCACCCUUUAUCAGCCCUCCACCUCCCCCAAGACUUCCUCUGGAGCGGCUCGGCCCAGAGGAGAUGGGGCUGCUGUCCCAGCACCCCAGUGCCUUUGAGCGGGUGAUGCGGAUGACCCCCAUGGAGCCCCCCUCCAUGGACUUCUCCCGUCGUCUGAGGGAACUGGCAGGCAACACAACCAAUAAUGGGGGGCCUACACCGCCUCUCUCACCCAACCGUGUGCCACACAUGCACCGCCUGCUAAGUCCCACACUUUUCCAGCCUGGCUCCAAGCCCCCAGCCUUUCUCACCUAUCCUCCGCAGCCGCCCACUCCCCAGGGGGCAAAUGGCUCCACCAGCCCUCCUGACAUCCAGGGUCAAAUCCAAGUCCCGGGAAAAUCCAAAUCCUGCGAGUUCUGUGGCAAGAUUUUCAAGUUCCAGAGCAACCUGAUCGUCCACAGGCGCAGUCACACCGGAGAGAGGCCGUACAAGUGUCAUCUAUGUGACCACGCAUGUUCCCAGGCAAGCAAGCUUAAAAGGCACAUGAAGACACACAUGCACAACAAGUCUGGGUCCAUGAGUGGCUCCCCAGAACAGGGAAAUAGAGGAGAGGGAGGAGAGGGUGAGGAGAAGGGUCGGGAGGGAGAUUCAAGUGUGAUGGGAAUGGACAAUGAGGAGGAGGAGGAGGAGGAAGAGGAAGAGGAGGAAGAGGAAGAAGAGGAAGAAGAGGAGGAGAUAAGGAAUGGAAGUCGGCCAGAUUCCAACUUAAGUGAGGACUCGCAGGAGUUCCGCCCGAAAUCGGACAAUGGUCCAAGACAGUCUCCUGAGGAGAAGACCAUGAGCAGGGACAGAGUAUGCGACAGUGGCGGUGUGGGCAUCAUGCACCCGUACAACCAUCUGGACAAUCACCUCAGACUUAACCCUAAUAAGAGAAGCCUGGAGAGACAACCUAAUGGAAAUGGUGGAGACCGGGGUGAAGUAGUGAGAGAAAGAGAGAACCAGAGGGAGCAGGAGAGAGAGCGAGAUGAGCAGGAGGACCAGAGGCCUGUGAUGAACGGCAGAAUUAGUGUCUCUGAAAUAGAUUCCUUCCCUGGGCUGUUUCAGCGUCGGCCCACCCCCAUCACCAGCCCGAACCCCUCCAACAACAAGAGGAUCAAGAUUGAGAAGGAACAGCUGGAGCUUCCCCCAACCAUACCGCUUAUCUCCCCUGAGAAUGUCUACUCUCAGCUCCUGGCUGGUUACGCAGCUUCACGCCACUUCAUCAGAGAACCCUUCUUGGGGUUCACUGAUUCCCGUCAGUCACCGUUCGCCACCUCCUCCGAGCACUCCUCUUCGGAGACAGGAAGCCUGCGCUACUCCACCCCGCCCGGUGAGCUGAUGGAAGGAGGGAGCGCCUCGGGCCGCAGCGGCAGCAGCACUCCUCACCUCCUGCGGGGUCCGGGACCGGGGAGGCCCCCGAGCUCCAAGGACAGGAGGAAUGACACGUGCGAGUACUGCGGCAAGGUGUUCAAGAACUGCAGCAACCUGACGGUGCACCGACGCAGCCACACGGGCGAGCGGCCCUACAAGUGUGACCUGUGCAGCUACGCCUGCGCCCAGAGCUCCAAGCUGACGCGCCACAUGAAGACCCAUGGGCAGUUUGGAAAGGAGGUGUACCGCUGCGACAUCUGCCACAUGCCCUUCAGUGUGUACAGCACACUGGAGAAACACAUGAAGAAGUGGCAUGGCGAACAUUUGAUGGCCAGUGAGGUCAAACUGGAGCAGGCGGACAGAGGUAUAGCCAGCGACCAUUAGUUAUACAGUCUUCAGUGUACACAAGAGAACACACACACACACACAAACACUUGUACACACACACACAUACACACACACACACACACACAAACAUACACAGACAGAGACACACAAAUGAAAUCCUUAUAACCACUUCUUCAGCUAUGGGGCUUGGCUGGAUUAUCUCUCUUUUAAAAAAAUUGAGACUGAUUGAUGUUCAUCUUUUUUUCUUGUCACAGAAACUGCCACCUGAGAAUAUAAACAAAGGGAAACUUUAAUGAGAACUUGUCCGGAAAGCCCAACUUGGUGUUUCCUGGCAAACUGUCUGAGGAUUUUAUCAGUUAGGAAUCCACGGAGCCUUUCUACUGUGCAAUAAUUUCUGUAUUUAUUGGAUUUUUGUAAUGAUAUUUGGCAUGUGCAGGUACAUCUUUGUGGGAUUUCAUAUGGAGUUAGUUUUGAA